UUGCUUUUUAAUUGAUACACCCAAGCCCAGCAUAAUCAGUUGAGCAAGUCAGUAACAGUGUGAACUACUACAGCUUACGAGUCUUUGAAUUCUUUUUGCAAGAAAGUCUUCCUGCGAGCUCUACAUGGCUUCAUCUAAGCUAAAGUCAGACGUCACCGUAGAUUACAUAUCGAAGCACUGCCCAGCAUUUCGCGGUGGUGGCUGCCCAUAUGCCAAGCUUGCCCAAGAAAAGAAAGGCGUCUGUGCCAAAUGUCCUCCUUUCAACAAUGGUUGCCCUUUCAAACAAUGCAAGACCGUGGGUGAGCUUCAAGACAUGAUGGGUCAGAUGCGUGACCAGUCCAAAGGCGAAGCUCAAUGGAUCGAGUUUUUGAAGGAUGUCGUCUUUCUUAGUAAGGAAAAACAAGUAGAGCACGGAACUCAAAGCCUCUUCAAGGGUGGCUGCCCCUUUGCCAAAGACACUGCAGGAAAGGAGAUUUUGAAACCUGCAUACAUUGAAUGUUCCUAUUCUUUGACGGUUGAAGAGAUCAUCAAGAAGUGUCCAGUUUUUGGUAAAGGUGUGUGCCCAUAUACAGGUCUUGUUGAUGAAAUGAAAGGAAUCGCCGAAAACUGCCCUGGUUUCAAAGACGGAUGUCCCUUCAAGAAACUGACAACCAUGGGUGAGUACGCGGGCAAACUGGCCGAAAUGCGAGAUAAGACUACCACUCCAAAGGGUCGGGCUGCAUUCGAGAAGUUGAUAAAGAGGGUUCAUGAGAUCUCCAAGGAGGCUGGACCUUCGCCAUUCCCUCCAGAUACCUGCCCAGUCUUUACCCGUGAUGCACAUGGAAAGCGCAUCAUGCCAAAAUACAAUUAGGCUUCCUCACAGUGGAAGAAGAAGGAUCUGACUGAGCCAACUAGCGUAUAAGUAGAUUUUUUUCAGAAGUGACUUUUAGUUCCAUUUCGGUGUCUUGUUUAAGGGUAGCUUCAGUCAGUUUCCUCCCGAUGUUUUACCUUUUAGAUAUAGGUUUUGGUGUUGGGAUCUUUAUUGGUUGGGAAAGAAGCCUAGCUCGGUACAUGAUGAGAUGAUGAGAUAGGUAUCAAAUUAUCUAUGGAGAGUUCCCGCUCAUUCAGCCGGGCUGUAACGACCCGUUCCUUCGUGUAGUGUGUAUGGAAUUGCCUGAGUAAGUGAUGCUACUUUGUAGUAUUUUGUUAUAUGUGUUCCUCGCUACUAGAUGUUUCGGUGUUGGGCUUUUUUUGAAGAGAGUUUUUUUACUUAUUUGGCAAUAAACAACUCCCCUCCCGGUUUUCAAAGAAUUUAUCCUAUAACGAGACUAACGUAGGAAUUUUUUAGGCCAUUCUUUGGUCAUAUUUGUAUCUGAUCUUGUCUUCAAGUGCAGCUUCAACACAAUAACAGUAUUCAAUCUUUUAUCUAGGAAUACAAUAACAAUAAAGCUCUCAUCUUUGGGGUUUUAAAAUGAUUGUCACGUUCAGUUUGUGGUGAUUUAACCUCGACAACUUAUUUCUGCACGGGGUUCUUAAAGGAAAAUUAACAUGAAAUUAUAUCAGUAUGUUUUUAUGUGAGGGCGGCUACUCGCCAUCUCAGUUGUAAUCAAGUUCGCAUACAUUAUUGAACAUAUCCUUUAUCUUAAGGUUACUGUCAACAACAUAGGGUCCCUUCCGGAAAAAUCGUCGCACGUGUGCUGCUUUUAAAGAAACCACUAAGAAUGCUAUGGCCUUCCAUCACCGCCAAAGUUAAAUUGAUCAAUUUUUAUUCAAAAAUACACUCAUUAAUUGUACUUUGCAAUAUUAACUGUAAACUUUCAACUUGUGAUUCAAACAUUUAUAUAAGCCCUUUGAAAUCCAAUUAGAGCAUUUAAUCAUGCGCUCUAAACACACAAAUAGUCAGUUAGAACUUUCAAUUAAUCAGGUUUAACCAAAGGCCGCCCAAGCUCCAAUUGUGAGUUGAUCAUCUUGCGAAAUAAGAGUCAUGGCGAAAUUUUCAGAGUUUGUAUGGGAAUAUUUCCGACCGCUCUAAGGAAUAUAAAAAUCAGUCAAAUUCUCACAAAAAAUACCUCACCUUACUUCCAAAAUGCAUUGCUUGUUAUCUGACAGCUUACUACAUCGAAGGGAACCCAUUUUAGCGAGUUAUCUAUUUCGAGGUUUUCCACAUACAUAAGGGCUCUUCUUAUUAAACUUGACAACCGACCGCUAAAUACAGGGUGACCGCUAAAUACGGCGCCGCUUAACAUAGAUUUGACUGUAGGCUAAACGACAAAACGCAUAGGAAAAUUAAAUACAAAAAGUUUUUACUAUCAUAAUUCGUGCAGUGCUGCUCAUCAGUUUAGUUUCAUUUUCGUACAGUGUUUUUCGUUUCCUUUCUGGAAGAAUAUAAGGCAGUUUACAUCUCCAGUAAAUUCAAUAAAUUUUGCAUAUAUUUCAAAGGCUAGGGGUAGUUUUAGCGAGAACUAUUACCAGUUAAGUCAUAUUUUGAGAUACUCGCAAGAUAGAGGGCUACUUUAAUCGGACCGACAUUAAAGAUUCAUCCUUAAGAAAUUGUGUACAGGGUAGGAACUUCAUUGCUGAUCCAGAUAUGAUGUAGUGGAAAUUACAAGUUGAAUGAGUAAGUUUUAUCCCUUGUUGUGUUCGGAGAAAUAAAAGUAAAAAACAA